AGUUUUUCAUAAAGCACCAAAGACUGUCCCGCUCUCUCGCUGGGUGUGCGCUUUAGUUCAGCGGUUGAAACGGCCUGAAUUGCCUUUAAUGACUGACAGGGACCUGCACUGACACAAUUCUUCCUUCACAAUGAUUCACCUGCGACUAGUUUUGGUGUUAAUUUGUGUGUCGCUGUCGUCCGCGGUGAGCGUUUUAUCAGCGCCUCUCAACUGCUCUCAACAGGGCUUGAGUUGUAAAGUCUCCAUAACUAACUGUAUGGACAGGUCCUGGCUGAAUGUCCAUGAAUACACUCCAAGCGGUCCCGAGGGGCUGCACACGUCUGUGCACACCAUGGAGGACAAGACAGGCGUCCUGCAGCCGGUCCUGCUCGCUCGCUGGAAGAUAAAGGAUGAAGGCAGUACAAGUUACGUGAAAGCCACCGAGCUCCAUGUUCUGGUAGUGUCCACCAACCAGAAUCUGUGUGUCCGAUAUUCUUUCGCAGAGAAACUGGCCAUGAGAAGUCCAUCAGGGGAGCAGUGGUCGUUCUCAGCUGACAUGCUGGUGUUGGAGCCGGGUCAGACGUACCGGGUCUCUGUCUUCAACAUCCCCAAACCAGAGCUGGGCUUCACCAGCUAUGACGUCAGCACUGAUGUCAUCGUUCCCAGAUUUCCAGUGAAUCCAACAGAUGCCCCUGAUGUCCCUGUGAACACAUUUGUCAUCCUGGGAGUGGUGUUCAUGUGUGUUGUGAUGGCAGUUAUUAUGUACGUCCUCUGCCGGAAGCGAGGAAAGCCUGAUGUUACUGCAUCACCUGUGGGUAGUGUGACAGCAGGGCAGAAGCAGCAGCUUAAACAGCCUCCCAAAGUGCUAGUCAUCUACUCCCAGGACCACCACCUCUACAGGGACGUGGUGCUGAAACUCUGCGCCUUCCUCCGUGCCAAGUGUGGCACCAAGGUGCUGGUGGACCUGUUAGACUCCACCUCGGUCGGCAUGAUGGGCCGCCUUCGCUGGCUUGAGUGGCAGUGUCAACAGCUUCAAAAUCCUUCUGACAAAAUCCUGGUCCUGUGCUCGCAGGGUGUCCAGGCAAAGUGGAGGGCCAUGUGUGGCCAAGGGCGGGUGACGCUGAGGGAAGACCUUCUCUCUCCGACGGAUGACAUGCUCACUCCCUUUCUCAACCUCUUCCUACCUGACAUGCACCAGGCAGGCAUGCUGGGUAAGUACAUGGUGGCUUACUUUGAUGACAUCAGCGGGAAAGAAGACGUGCCGUCAGUCUUUGACAUCACGGUCAAAUACAAGCUGAUGAAGCAUUUCGAAGAGCUGUACUUCCGCAUCCUGGAUAUUGAGAAGUAUCAGCCGGGUCAGGUCAACCACAUCCUAGGCAUUGGAGGGGACGAAUAUUUCCAGUGUCCCUCAGGUAGAGCCCUGAGGGAUGCCAUCGAGACCUUCCAAGCCUACCAGCUGGAACAUCCUGAUUGGUUUGAGAAGGAGUGUGUGGGCGAUACGGAGGAGGUCCUCACCGAGGCAAAUCUGCUCAUUGAGCAGCUGCACAUCCCUCCAGUCCUCCAGUGUCUUUCCCUCAUCAGAGAUGGGCCUCCUGUCUACAUCCGUGAGGUUGAAGUCAAUGAAAAUGGCGACAGUGUUCAUGUCCUUACACCUGAAGUGAACCCGGAGCGUGAGCAGCAUUCAAUGGUAGAGCUUACACCCGUGGUGAACCCUAAGUAUCUGUCCAGCCUGGAACAGGUGUUGAGCGAUCACAUGUACCCUCACUGCCCCCGGCCCCCAUCCGUCUACGUAGUGGAGCCUGUUUUUAAAAACCUGCGACAACCAACACAGAACUGGUUCGCCCUCGAGGAGGGUCAAAUGCCCACUGAGGAGGAGGAACAGGACUCGCUGCUACCUUUGAGCCAACCCUCCGCUCAUUCCGACCAGAGAAGCUCGGCCCUGCACAACUCGAUGGACUCAAAACCUCCAGAAUCCUCAUGCGCCAUCCAAAAUGUCCCCAAAAUGUCCCCCGCACAACCUGUGGAGCUAGAGGAGGACGAGGUUCUGGAGCCCGGUGGAAAGGGCCCAAGCAGUGGAUCUGAUCAGGGCUACAUCUCCAAAAUGUCCUCCCAGCAUGAACUC